AUGCCGAGCUGUUUUUGUUGUAAUAGAUCGAGAAAUGCAAAAUCCAAAAGUGCUAAUAUCUCUUUUCAUAAGUUUCCAGCUAAAGAAAAUAUUAGAGUAAAAUGGUUGAAUUUCAUAAAUGAAAAUGGUUUGAAUACAAAUGAUAUCACUAAGAACAGUUUAAUUUGUUCUGCUCAUUUUGAUUUAGCUAGUUUUACUUGUAAUGAAAAUCAAAACAUGAGGAUUCUAAAAAAAACUGCUGUUCCAACAUGUAUUGUUGAAAGAGUGAAAAAUCCUAAAAAUGUUUAUCCAGAAUUAGUAAAACCUCUCCUGCCAAGUUUUUCAAACUCUGAUGUGUCUAGUACAAGUAACAACUGUAUUGUGUUUGAAAGGACUGAAGUCAAGUCAUCUUAUGUGUAUGAAUUAAAUACAGAAGAAGACAUGGAUAUUUCAUUGAUAUCCGUUGGUCAAGGCUUACAAAAAAGUGAAAAUAUACAUGAACAGGAAUUGGCUGGUUGUAAUAAUAGUGCAAACGAUGAAGAUGAGAUAGCAUCAUUGUUGCCAGUUGAUUCUUCUUCCACUUCACCAUCCAUAAACAUAGAAAGCACUUCUGAUAAAUUCAGUAUUAAAAAACCUUGUAUGAACUCCAAACAUGAAAUAUCACUAAUGGAUGCUAGCAAGUUCCAUGCAUCAGAUACUCCACGUCGUCGCUUCCUAAAACGAGGAAUUCAGGCACUAAAGGGUGAACUUAAAAUUAAAGAUAUGAAGAUUAAAAAUGUACAACAAACUGUUAGAAGACAGAAAAAGAAAAUUGCAUCAAUGAAAACGAUCAUCACCAAAUUGCAGAAUGAGAACCUCAUAAAUGAAGAUGUUGGCUUCACAUUGUUGGAAUCUUUUGGUAAAGAAUCGUAA